AUGUCAUCACGUAAAGCCAAAUUUGUACUAGACGAAGACCUUCUUAAUUUAGCUAGGGAACACUUCCUUAGACAAGAAAAGAAAUUAUUUUUGCUGGUAACACGUCUCUCAAAAGUUUUGAGGAGCCAAGCAAAGACUUCCUGUCAAAAUCCACCCGGUCAAUCAGGAUCUCAUCACGGUCCGAAUAGUAUGUUUACUGCUGAUGAAACUAUCCGACCAAAAAAUUUUCCUAAACUUCCACGUUCUCAAACGUGUAAUUCAUCAGGGUCAGCUUAUCCAAACACGGUUAUUGAAGUCGAAGCGAAUCAACCCAGUAUAGGUGUUCCAAAUGAUAACAUCACUGGUGUUGGAAGAGGAGCGCCUGCUUGCAACGGCUCCGAUAUUCAAAAUUACCAAUUACAUAUUCUUGCUGCUGAACUCUUCAAUGGUGCUCUAACUGGAAUUCCUAACGGUUAG